AUGACUCCACAAACUUCCCACUGCUGCCGUCUACUCCAGCUGAGUCGAACUCCGCGAAUCCCGUCCAUCCCCCGAAGCCCACUCCCGACCGGCCCUCCGUGUUUGAUCGCCUCCGCCCCCGAGUUCCCACAUCUCGCCAGCUUUGUCCAGACCACACGGAGGACGGUGGGGAGCGUGCCCGGCCCGCUUGAGGCCCGUCGCCGGCUGGGGAAACGGAACCUCGCAGACCUCAACGCCAUACAAUGUCCGCCCACUCCACCACCAUGGGCCUUCCCUUACCCAGUUGACCUGAGUCAGUGGAAAUGGGAGCCGCCAUCUUCAGCUUCGGCGCAACAUGUCGCCUUUGAUCACAUGGCGAUUGCGUCCGGUAAUUCUGCGACCGCUGACUUAUGCGACGACAAUGCCGACUUUUUUGUCAGCGGUUGGACGGCGCAUCAAGAUUUGCGACAGUCGAAAAAUGAACCGAUAACACCACAGUUCCUCGAACAAUGCGCGAUACAGGAGGGAAUAGAAGACUUCGAGGAUACCCAGAACUCGGCCGAGGACGAAGAUGAUGGACCAUGGUCAGCACAAGAGGAAACAGAAAGUUUCGAGGAUACACAGUACUCGAUACAACACGAAAUACCAUUUGAAGGCUGGCCUUCGCAGGAAAACCCAGAGGCUCCCAUUGUGAGGGUUGCGAACAACAGUCACUCGAAAACAAAAUCCGACAUCUUCGGCGAAACAGGCGAUUUCACUUGGGACCCAAAAGCGCAAGACACAAAUACCUUGGAGCACUCCGAUUAUCAAAUAAUUACACCAGACUGGCCGGCAGAAGAAGCCCCAGAGGAUACACAGCACUCGACCCGACAGAAAAAACCAUGGGAAAAGGGGUCAUUACCUGGGGCGGUCGACAGCUCGUUCGCGGUAGAUUUAGAGACUGCGACUUCCACGCCAGAUUGGCUGGCAGAAGAUGAGCCAGAAUGGUCGGCAGAAGACGAACUAGAAGGCCCAGAUAAGACAGAGUACUCCGCUCCGCAAGAUAUACCUUGGGGAGAGGAGCCCUUACAUGGAGCAGUGGACAGCCCAUUCGCAGUAGACCUCGGGACUGCGACUUCGACAACUACCCCCGGCGUCUUCGACGAUUCAGGCUUUUUUACAACGGUUCCAGAGUCAGAAACCGGCCCGAAGAACCAAAAACCCAAAGAUAACUGGAUAAGCACAGAGGACUUUAUGGAACAGUGGUCAUCGCUAGAACCACCGGAGGAAGCAGAACCUACAAAAGCAGAGGAUACCGAUCCUUCGGCUGUCAAACUACCAUCAUGGUUUCAAGACCCAGAGAAGAUAAACAUAAAAUCGCUGGCAAGAGAUCGAAGAGAUGAUCUCCAGUCGUUUUCGGACGCCCUGGCACAAACGAUGCCUGAUGAAUUCGAAAACAUGGAGAGGGACGUUGAGCUGGAAACUCUAGGAAUAGAAGCCGUCCCGGAAGAAGAGGCGGAAGAAGAAAUAUUGGAGGAGGUAUCGGAUACACCAUCAGCACAAUAUCUAAGUCUUCGAGAAGACGUAGAACGUCUACAUGCGGCAUUCACAGAACCGCUGGCCAUCUUUGCGGAAAUGUUCAGUCCAAUAUGCGCCAAACUCCAGCAAAACAUCACCCUUGGCGAGAUCUCAGCCGUAGAACUCAGAGCUAUCUCACAUGAACUUAUCCGAACCAUACAGGAGAGAUGGGGCGAAGACGAGGAGUUGAUGCAAACUCAUUACCAGGCACUGUACAACAUGACACAGGCACAAUUGGCUGUAUUCCUCAAAGCCAUUGUUGACGGCGUCAGGAGUUCCGAAAUUCUCAACCCAGACGCCAUUGAACCUGCCUUUUGGCGUCAGUUUUUCGAGUGGAUGUCCAAACUCGAACUCGGCAACGAGCUGUAUUUCCUGUUCUACUGGGGAAUGCGCACCGUAUCUCAGCCAGGUAUUAAGAAGGGUAUGGAAGGAAUCUUAGCUGUCCUGGAACGAAUUCUCGUCGGAUGGGCUGCUCAACCGCCAGGAACGACAGAUCUCGGGGAAGGCGCUGCGGGCGGUCAACUGAGCCAGGCUGAUAAAGCCAAGUUGGGUGUUGACGAAAAAGAUGUCGACGAGAGCGACUUUGACAACAACGAUUUAGAGGAAGUCAAUUUCCAUGAGGUUGAGGAGGACAAGGAGAUUGACCCAAAUCAAGAUCUGUACCUGGAGUGGCCUCCACCAGACCCCCACUCAAUCAGCUGCGUCGACUCCGUGCUGUUUGCGCUCAACGUCCGUUCCAGACAGGAGAACCCUCAGAGAAACAGUCUUCAUGUUCGAUGGGUCUCUGCGGCCUUAGAAGCCGUCUCUCCACACAAGUUUAGUAUUCUGUUUGAUGCAGCCACCGAACUCGUUCUACAACUCGGCUCCAGUCCAGAGGGUCUGGGAAGUCCGGUAGUAUACAACUGGCUCUCUGUGCUUGCCCAGAUGGACGGAGUGAACACCCAACUGCUUUGUGAUGCCCUUGACGCCUUCAAGACGGUACCCCAGAGCCUCGAGCACUUGGGCAACUUCCACAUGUGCUCUUUGAUGCUCUUUCACUGGGCCAGUCGAGACCGGCUAAAGAGACGGUUCCUCACAGCCAGAGUAUACAGACACAAGCACGAGGCACACCAAGUAGGAUUCGACAACAGCCAGCUCGCGUGUCUUGCCCUAGCCAUCUACGAGUCCGAACCAGUGUUCAAUCAUGCGGCUCUGUACACCAGCAUGUUUCAUAUCCUCCGCUCCUUCAGCCGAGUCCACCACCUCCCCCGUGCCCUCAAGAAGUUCGCAAAAAGAGGCUUCAUCAACCGCACCCUUCUCGAAGACCUCGCCUAUCUCUGCGACGACCACAAGGUCGCCCUCAAGAUGCGCCGCAUCUGGGAAGCCUACUCCUGGAAAAAGAAACCGAUCGGGCCCGUGUGGCGGGAAAAGAUGGAAAGAAGAAUAAACUCCAAGCUCCCGCCCAAGAUGGACGACGGUGAUAAGAACGCCUCCUUCAGCACGCACGUCUACCUCAAGUACGCCAAAGCCAUCAUCGCCGACCCGACCAUCAAAAUCGGCACCAUCUGGAAAGUCCUCGACAUCCCGCGCUUCGAGGAGGCCUUCGACCCCGGCGCCCUGACGACAGAGGAGCAAAGGCGACGAAUGAACUUACACGGAAACCUAGGUGACAGGCGCGCCGCCGUCGUUGCCCAAAUCGCACCUUUGUUUGCCAGUGUAGAACACCUCUCUGAUAGACAAAAGUACCGGCUGAUGCAACAAUCCAUCAGCUACCUCGAAGAAGUCGAAGCCAUCAAAGCCGCGCGCGGCAUGGGCGGUUUAACGGAUCAUGACAUCCAGUCUACGGUGCAACACACGCUGGACUCCUCCAAGGACUCCUUCUCCUCUUUCUCCGACAGCGAGUCUGGCGGCGUCGCCGACCCUGACCAGAUCCAUCAACCCAACCCCUGGAACCAGGGCUUAAGUGCAGACGUCCUGAUGGCGCUUUAUAAAGUUGUCACAAAGGACUUGGUCAUGGGUAGACCGGGACGGGAGACCAGACUCAAGUAUUUCAUUCAGUGCAUGGAACGACAUUAUGGACCGGAAGUGGCGAGGGCUACGAGGCAGAAACUGGUGGAUUGGCGGACGAAGCUUUAUGAGAGGGAUAAGCCGGAUAGUUAUCAGGUGAGGAGGAGGAGGGAGUUGAGGCAGGGGUUGCAUCAUUAG